CCUUUCUCCUCUACCCAAAGUCCAAACUUGCCAAGUUCAUCCCUCCUCCUCCCCCCUCCUCUUCCCCUCCGAUCCCGUCCCAUCCCCGCCGCCCUGCGCGAGCGAUCGAUCCGCACCUACUUCCGCCCACCCCCACCCGAUUCGCUCCGGUCACCACCUCACACCUUCGCGCCGGCGGCUCCCCCUCCCCGCCGCCACCGGCGCUCCGGCCUUCCCCACCUCCGAAAGGUUCUGUCCCCCUUCCCCCGAAUCCCGUCCCUCCACCGCCGUCGAUCGCCUCAGGAGGAGCCGCCGCGCGCCGCCGGGAGGGGAGCAGGUGCUGCCCUAUCGCCUCCGCAGGUACCCCGUCGUCCGGCUGCUGCAGCCCAGUCGCCAAGGUGUAUGUCAUGGAUUCUUUUCAACAUGGCAUGGAUGCUGAUAAACACAACAUCUUUGCGGGGCGUGACAACAUGAUUCAGUUAAAUACACGCAUGUCUGACGGUCGUCCUGUUGUUGUACAACGAUGCCAGAGACUUGGGUGUAACAUGGUUGUCGAAGGCCAGUCAUUUUUCUGUAAAAGUCACAAUAUAGGGCAGCGGUGCCAAAUGCUUGGCUGCCCUCAUAUUGUACCAGAGGGCUCAGUAUUAUGUAUGUCCCAUGGUGGAGGUCGCCCACUUGGUGAACCUGGUUCUAGUACUGUAGCUUGCUCCAAAUCAGAAGUUCCAAUCAAGUAUGAAGGAGAUAGUGGAUUCAGAGUAACACGAAAUGCUGGGAAUGAUCUGGGUAGUGCAGGAAUCUAUAAUGUUGAUGGUGAUGCUGUAAUGUGCAAGUACCAGGGCUGCAGCAAGCGAGCCCAGGGAAAUGCAAUGUAUUGUAAGAUUCAUCGCGGCGGUUCUAAGGGCUGCAUGGUUCAAGGUUGUACAAAGGGGGCACAUGGGGGUACACCUUUAUGCAUUGCUCAUGGUGGAGGCAAGCGCUGUGCUGUCUCUGGAUGCCCCAAUGCAGCAUGUGGUAGCAGUCAAGGCCUCACUGACCGCUGUGUAAGGCAUGGUGGUGGAAGGAGGUGCAAAUUUGAUGGAUGUGUGAAGGGUGCACAAGGGAACACAGAUUUUUGCAUUGGCCAUGGCGGGGGAAGGCGCUGCAAGUUUGAAGGAUGUGGUAAGAGUGCACAAGGGCGUAGUGAUUACUGUAUCAAACAUGGUGGUGGCAGACGCUGCAAGUUUCAGGGAUGUGGCACAAGUGCAAAAUGGGGUAUGGAUUUCUGUUCUAUGCACAGAAAGAGCUUGAUGAGUGGCAGCAAUUCUUCCCAUGAAAUGCUGCCAGCCCCACCGCCGAAACGUCGAGCCAAGAAAACUAAGAGCACAGUUGAUCCAUCCGCUGGUCUCUCCAGUGAGCCCAAGAUGGGUAUCAUCCAUGUAGUUGACAAAUCAUCAGACCAUCUGAUGAUUAAGCAUGCCUCUAAUGCUGUUCAACAACAGCCGAUCCAGCUCAUGAAAUCCUCGCCGUCUUCUGGGUUAACCGCUUCAACUGAGGGUGAUGUGGCGGCAAGGAGCCAUGCGUUAUUUGGACUGUAGAUACCGUGUUGAUGCAAAGUGGUUUCUGAUAGACUUGUUAACUAGGAGGUUAGCUGUGCACUGAAGUGAAGAUAAGGAUCGUAGGUGAUCCACUUUCUAUAUUAACAUGCUUUCACUGUCAGAUGACUUCAGUAGAACUGUGCAUUGUGUUGUCUGCAAGGGUUAUCAAAAAAUCUGAAUCUGCAUAGUACCUAUAUAUUGGUUUUCUUUACUUUGAUAACUUUUCCAUGAUUUCUUCA